CAGCUCACUCCGCACUACCCCGGUCACCGGGAAAUGGAAAAUAAUAGCCAUUCACCCGCGGCCCCGUCGUUCGAUAUGUUGACGUUUUUUUUCCGGAGAUUAAAACAUUAAAUUUAAAUUCCAUUUUUGUGUAAUUAUCGCGCCAUUUCACCCCCUUGCGUUGAGCGCAGGGAAUUUUUGGGGGUCAGUGACUUUUUGAGUGCAUUUUGAGUCUAAUGAGUUACCGAGGGGGGCGUGUUGCUAAGACUACCUGGUGAAUUUUGCCGGACGCACUCGUGUCCGGCGUCAACAUUUUCUAUUGAUCCCCUGGGGGAUGAAAUUUCAUGAUUCAUCUUCUGGAGGUGCCCUCCAUAUGUUAUAAUUAAUGAAUCAAUUGUGUGGGUGUACAUUUGAUGCGGCGAAGGUCUUCAAGGAUUUUAAGGGAGCGAUUGGGAGCGGCUAGUGUUGGUGUCGUGUUUACACAGAGAAAAUUAAUUAGUGAAUUUCAAGAAUCUGGUGGUGAAGUUUAAAAAAUAAUUGAUUUAAACUAAAAAAAAUUUUUAGUUUUAUUGAACGAACGUUUGGUGAAUUUUCGAUAAGUCUUUGUUAAUGUUUUUCGUAUCGUGAGUUCAAAAAAUUGUCGAUAAUUGUGGAACUUUCAGUGUGAUAUCGUACAGGAGAAUUUAACGAACGUGGACAAUUUGCUACUGAAUAUUCAUGUUUUGGUGGAUAAUUUACAGUCGAUUUACUAUUCAUACGCUCACCGCAUCUAGCUGGUUGUGUUCCUAGAUCGUUCGCAUUUUUCAACCUCGUAAAAGAAUACCAGUCAUCACUAUCCAAUGCUCAAUCGCUAAAUGAACUGAAGCAGUCAUUUUCAGUUGAUUGGCGACCGGAGAAUCAGAUGGAAUCAAAUCACUGGCCAUCGAGUGCUGCAACGUAAUAAAUUUUCUCAGCUAAAAGAAUCAAGAAAUUUCCUAAAACUUCUUCAGCACGAGCACAAUCUAAUUAUCGAAUUGGUCAACAAACAGUUCGACGAGGAGAAUAUCAAUCAGAAACUUGAUGAAUAGAUCAAUUGACCAAUCAUUCGAUGUAUUCAGACGAAAUAUCUGAAAUAAGAAAUGUCUGAAUCACAACCUAAUUCAGCAUCUCCAGUUCCUACAACUGUUCCAACAAUGGUAACGAUUCAACCCCCACCACCCUGUCGUAUGCUGCGAUCUCCAAGUCACGAGAGUGUCACGACAGAUCUAUCCUUGUUCAGUGUGUCAUCAAUAACCAGUGAAGCCAAAGGGGCAAAUCGUCUUGUAGGUUUCAAAUCAUACAGCGAUGUCCAGCUGGCUGGUCGUGGACCAUCACCAAACCCAGAUACUCGUGAGAAUCAAAGCAGCAGACCAGCUGACAUACCAGAAAUCCUCUGGUUCGAGGAGGAGAAUGAACUCAUCCGCAGUUGUGGUGCGCUGUCAUCAGCUCUCGGCCUUCAGAAAAGCUUCAGCACCACCGAUGUCUUUCAACUAUCAUCACCCGAAGUCACCGGUUCCCAUGGCCUUCGAUCAGCGGUCUCCGCAUUGGCCCUAGACUCAGCACAUCGUAAUGGAUUAUUACUGGAGCAAGCUAGACUAGAUCAUGCAUCAAGAUCUUGCAGUACCUGGGUGGCUGUUGGUGAUGUCGCCAGUACAUCACAGCUACCAAGUCCACAUGGUGGUACUGCACAACAACAGUUAUCUACCCCUCACCCACAAUCAAUACCCUUCACCGCUGCUGACCUUGUGAGGUCGGUUAAUAAAAAGGUCCGACAGAAUUACAUUCGCCGCAGGCUAUUAACAACUUACCGCGCACUGGAGCGCCUGUCCCAGAGUGAAUUCAAUCUUGAUAGGCUUGAAGCUGCAGCAUCAGCUGCUCAAUCCUCACCUGGAGCAACUCUGAUUGUACCUGGUACAGCAUCAACACUACCAGGAUCAUCAAUACCAUUGCGCAAGCCACGUGAUCAUCCGUUGACGGUGAACGAUGUGGAAAGAGAGCGUGGAAAACAGUUGACGAAGUAUGAAAGGAACAUGAUGAUCUUCAAUUGGCUCCACAAUCUUGAUGACACACAAUGUGAGGAGAAACGAUCGGAGUGAUUUCUAUCCGUGAAAAAUAUCACACGAUUCUCAAUGCUCCGUGUGAAUGUCCAAAUAUAUUGUCAUCUCAUAAAGUGGAUUUUUACAUCUGUCGUUCUGCUCGUAUUUUCGCAUGUGUACAAUUGUCGUUCACUGAUGACUAAUGAUUGUUUGUUUCUGGAAAUUCGAAGGGAAAUGAUAUUCUCAAACUAUGUCAUAUCGAAUAUGUCAAUUAGAAAUGGCUCUCGAUUGCAUCGACAAUAACUUGACGAAUGGUAUGUGAAUGAACCUGAUGGUGCCUGGUCUAGUGCAUAACCGAUCUUCAUUGACAUGUGAUGUGCGAUUAUAUCAGCGCCAAAUUAAGCUAAAGCACGUCAGUAUGCGAAUGCUCAUUGUGCGGAAAUAUGAGUGUAUUGUCUAUGAAACUGCUUCGCAGUCUUGUUACAUUGAUCUUCAGCUGGGCGAACGAAAAAGGGCCGCAGUUGUUGCUCGCAAUAACUGAGGUCUUGAUUUAAUUAUCUUUCAGCCUGACGAUGUCCUACAGUAGUCGUAUCAGGUGGACAAUUAUUUUCAAGACAGUUCAAGUUUAAAUUUCGAUUUGGAGCUGGCAAUGAGAGGGUGGAGGCGUUGGGCCACUGCUUUGACUGACUAGCUCAUUUCAGGAACAGCUGGACAGAAAAUAAUUUUGCAUCAUCGAAUGCAAAAUUAUGAGGAACGUCAUAUCAUAAUGCAAUUUUAAUAUUUACAGAUGAAUAAACACUUCUGCACGAUUACAGGUGACUAAUUGGAGUAAUCAGGAAGUAGAACCUAAUCUCAUUACAUUCUUGAAACGAGUAAUUCAGAAAAUUAAUGAUCCCAAAGCCUAGACCUCUCAUUGUGAGUGAUGUUCAGAGGGCUUCCUAUAUUCAUAGAUUUUUAUGAAAAGGGUUUCAUGUAAACAAUGUAAUUAUCCAUUUCCACUGCGAUCGCUCCUUAUUGCUGAUUGAUCAUCACCGCCUAAUGACUGGCCCAAAGAAAAUGGAAUACUAUUUUAGAGACAGACAUCCGUCCUGACUCGUCCGACAAAAUAAAGUAUGAAACACUUACCGCGAUGUCUUUGACCGUUGACCAUCCCCUGAUAUUUCGAAUUACAAUAACGAAAAUUGAGUAAUGACAUUCUAUUUGUUAUGUAUAAUUGUUAUGUUGGAGAGACAACCAAUGCUGAUGUAAUUACUAAAGAAAUAGUUUGUAAUUUUUCGUAAUGAAUAUUGAGAUGUGGAGAUUCAUCGUCCGUGUUCCUACCAGAGCCUUGAAUGUAUCACAUUAUUGACAUUAAAUAUGGCAGUAACAAUCAAAA